AUGCCACUGCCCGUGCAGGUAGCAAUCCUGGAGACUGUUGUCCAAGUCGAUGCAGAGCUGCUGGAAAGCAGGAAUCCUAAGAGCUUCCUGAUGCGCCACGACGCUGAGAUCACAUCAGGUCUGGGAUACCCGGCUGGCCAGUGGACUUUGAGCUUGCUCGCAUUGCUCAAAAGCUGGGCACAGUUGCGGCGUCAUUGGAAUUUCGAAGGUUCUUAUCCAGCCAUGUGGCAAACCACUGGGCAAAGUGGCUACGCUUGUGAUCCUGACUGCCAGAAGGGGAUGCACGUCGUGGUGCCUGAUUCGAUGUGCACUGUGGGUGUAGCUGCAGACGCAGUGAUGUCAGUGUCGAUGCCACCGCCAUUGCCUGGAGUGGGCGGCGCUGCUACCUUCUGCUCUGCGGACCAACACGGGCGCCCCGCGCACUUGGUGUUUCAGUGGCACCGCCGACUCACUGCAGUGCACUUUGCCUCUUCAUCCACCGAGGAGCUUGUACAGCAAUGGCGUGGACUUGUGCUCCACGAGGCCUUCCACGGUCUUGGCUUUGGAUCUGGACUCUGGCAGAACAGAUAUGAUGCCAAUGGCCAGCGCCGAGAGAUUAUCAAACAGUUGGAGGUUGAAGAUGACGAUGGCGCCAAAGACUUCGUCUACCAUUUCGUGAAAGGCACUCGCACCUACGAGGUGGCCAAAGCAUACUUUGGUUGUGAGGAGGACGAUCAAUGGCAAGGCUUGCCCUUGAUGAGUUGGCCGCCAUCUGGACGAGACACCCACCAUGAGACCAGGGUGAUGAGGGAUGAUGUGAUGUCAUACGGCGGUGGCCUGGAAGCAGUGUCAGCGAUUACUUUGGCAGCGCUGGAGGAUACAGGGCACUACCUGGCCAACUAUAGCGCUGCUGAAUGCACUUGGUGGGGCAAAGGUCGUGGCUGUAGCUUUGUUUUACGGCGAUGUACGGUGAGACCGGAAGGAGAAGUAGUGACGGGUGAUGCCGUCUCUUCGCAGUGCGACCGCACCUGGUCCACCAGAUACUCCUCUGGAAACCGAGAGGCAUGGCCCGGCUGC